AAAGAUUCUUCAAGUCAUGUUCAUUUCCCCACUCCUCUUUCAAAGCCUUCAUUCAACUAUUCUCUCUCUCUUUUUUUUUUUUUUACUUUUAGGCACUUAACGUCUCUAUAUAUAGCUCUCAUAUUACUCCUUUCUUCACCACCUUAGCUAAUCAGCAUUAAUAUUUCUCCACAUACUCACUCUAUACUUCUCAUAUUUUUUCACUUUUUUCUCUCUUCAAUUUUCAUUACCCUUUAUUUCAGAAAUGGCCACUGUUGAGGUUUCACCAGCUGCAGCAACAACACUUUUAGAGAAUGAGCCAAUCAAGGUUGAGGAGACAAAGGUAGAGGAAUCAUCACCAGCCGUGGCAGCUGAGACCACUGAAGUAGUAGUAGUACCAGAGCCAGAAGUAGAAGAAGAAGAGAAGAAGGAAGAAGAAGCCACAGAGACCCUUGACCAAGCUCCAGCUGAUGAGAAAGAGGUAGUUGUUGAGACCAAAGAGGCAGAGCCUGUAAAGGAAGAACCCAAGCCAGCAGAGGAGGAACCCAAGUCCACAGAGGAGGCACAAGAAGAAGCCGUUGAGGAAGAAGCCAAAGAAGCCGAGCCAGAAGCCGCCGCCGCCGCCACCCCUGUAGCAGCCGUGGAAGAGGAAGCUACCCCUGCUGUGGUUGAGACCCCAGUGGAGGAGUCCACUGAAGUUCCAGUUGAGAAGGAAGAUGCAUAGAUAAAUAGAUAUAUUUAUAUAUGUGUCAAAAGUCUUGGGUGGUCAUAUUUUUCUCUUCUUUUAUUUAUUACUAGUUUACUAUAUGAUGGCAUUGGAUAUGGGGUUUAGAGUUUGGAAGCUGCAGUUAUUUAUUUAUUAUUAGGAGCACUUUUAUCGGAUGAGUAAAUAUAUGCUUAAAAAAAAGAGAGUAAUGGAUUGGUGACAGUGGUGUACGAAUUAGAAACCCCUUAUCAUGAAUUAGGAAAAUGCAUGCUCUAUUAUGAAACCUCUGAAGGAGUGUGUGAGGUCUAUAUAGGUUGGGUGAUGAGUAUGGAUCUUUGUUUCAGAAAGAGUAGUCAUGAGUUUGAUAUGGUGUGAUUUUCUUUGGUUUUGAAUAAAUGGAUACUAUUUCUUUA